CUAGUAAUGUCCCUGUUCUUUUGUGAACCAGAAAAUGCGAGUGAAAUUUUAGGUCACAGCAUCUUCUUUCCUCGAGAAAAAGAUCAAGAAAAAGUCAGAUCUGAAUCAUGAUGAAACGAUCCAACUAGCUAUCGAAGCUCUACAAAGCAGCUUGGGUAUCGAAACCCGUUCAAAAGAUCUUGAAGUCGUUGUGGUCUCAAAGAAGGACAAGAAGUUCACAAAGCUGACGAACGAUCAGGUUGAACAUCAUCUGAAUGCUAUUGCAAACCGUGAUUAA